GACUAGCCCCCGAACCGAGGUCCGCGCCAGCAUGAGGUUUGCUAGAAAACUUAUCAACUCGCUCAUGCCGGCGGUGGCUCGAUAUGUCGAGUAAUAAAUUUUAUUUCCUUGUUCAAUGUUUGCUUUUUAUCAUCAUAAGACAAGCUAGCUGCAUCAAAUUCGACCUCCUAUUGAUCGGUCAGACAAUACCGUGCACAAUACCUGCAUCUGCAUCAAUUAGCCCGGUUAUUUCGUACCACUACCAAUUCCCUGUUGAAAGCAUUUCAUCGGCCGAGCACCUGCCGGACCGCUCUCACAAAAUACCGAUCAGGCGGGUUUCGGACUUGUGUACCACUCCCCGGUGGCUGAGUCUUGCGCCUACGGGUAUUCAUAUUCAUAUAUAUACAUCUUUCCUACAAAAGUCUCUUGGGUUCCUAGCCCAGAGACAACAUCCUCAUAGGAUAUGCAAAUCGAGUGGCCUUCAAUUCUAAGUCGCUCGAGUAUAAAUCCAGACGAGACAAUGUCAAAUAUAACACCUAUUCCAGAGCCACCAGGCCUUCCCUUCCUAGGACACAUCGCCGAACUUGAUAAAGAACUUCCUCUACGUUCUUUCAUCUCUCUUGCAGACAAGUAUGGUGAGACUUACCGACUUCGUCUUCCCGGACGAACUGUAGUGUUUGUUUCAAGUCAUCGCCUCGUUGACGAGG